AUGGCUAGCCCGCUGCCUUGCCGGCCCAAGCCAGUCCCGUGCAGCUUAGAGUCACCGCCGCAGCGGUCACUGCAGGUGAAGGUAGUGGGACUGUUCAAAAGCUCCAGCUUUCAGGUUGCGAAGAUCAUGGCUGAGAGUCUGAAGAAUAAUUUUCCAUCCAAAUUUGAAGAUCCAAUAAUGGUUCCUCUUCAAGAAUUUGCAUGGGAUCAAUAUCUACAGGAGAAAAAAAGGGAACUCAAGGAUGAAACCUGGGAAUAUUCUUCCUUUGUGAUGUGUUUUAUUAAUGAUCAACUCCUGGGCAAUGCAUUUGAUCUUCAAAAAUGGGGUCAAAAGGUGUGGGAUAUAGUUGACGUUAGGCCCCCUGCACUUUACGAGGCACUGACUAUGGAUUAUGCUGCUAAGUUCUUAAGAGACACCAAGCAUGAUUUUGUUUUCUUUGACAUUCGGAUCGAUUUUUCUCCAACUGGAAGGUUGAUUUUUGAGCUAUACUGUGAUGCAUGUCCCAAAACAUGUAAAAAUUUUCAGGUCCUGUGCACAGGAAAAGCAGGGGUUUCUCAAAGAGGUGUAAGGCUACACUACAAGGAUUCAAUUUUUCAUCGAGUAGUACAGAACGGUUGGAUACAAGGAGGAGAUAUAGUAGGUGGAAAAGGAGAUGAUGGAGAGUCUAUUUAUGGAUCAACAUUUGAAGACGAAAACUUUUCAAUUCCUCAUAACAAAAGAGGAGUUCUUGGAAUGGUCAACAAAGGCCACCAUACCAAUGCGUCCCAGUUCUAUAUCACACUGCAAGCAACUCCCUAUCUGGAUAGAAAAUACGUAGCAUUUGGGCAGUUGGUUGAAGGAACAGAAGUUCUUAAACAGCUAGAAUUAAUUCCAACAGAGAACGAAAGACCGAUACCAAUAUGUAGAAUUGCUGACUGCGGAAAUAUUUAUGACUGAUUUUCCUAUCAGUGUUUUCUAUGAUGAUUUAUUACUUUACAUCUGAUCAGCUGUUUCUAGAUUUAAUUAAACAGUGCUUGAUAACAUUUCAUUUGAAA